AUAUCUUCAGAGCAAGUCAAAAAAGCUUUGGAGUCACAUGGUGGCGUACAAAGUGUUGUUCCGUAUGUGGUGGAGUAUCCAGAGUCAGCCAGUAAGUGCCCCACGCCGCACAUUCCAGACGCAAGUCUUCUCCAUAACUACCAGUAUUGUAACGACCGCCUAAAGGUAUCAAAAGCAUACAAUAUUGGCACCGGGAAAGUGGUUGUAUGGAAGAAUCUUGAUAAGGAUGGCAAGAUACUACCGUCUGAAAUUAGAAUCAUUGAGAGCGGAUCACAGGGGAAUAGUGAAUCUAUCAAGAAAGAGAAUACUUUCUUGGUGGCAGAACCGCCUGGUCCGGUGAGACCUGUAAGGUCACCCAAAGAAUCUGGAAACGAGGACAGAGAUUGCGAUCUGUCCAGCUGCCCUGAACCAGGGUGCGUCAAGCAGUACAUUACAAUGGGCAAGCUUGAAAAGCACAUCGCUGCAGAGAAACACUCCUCUCAAGACGUUUCUGAACCCCUUGGAGAUAAAGUAAUCAAGAAAUGGGCCAAA